CCAGAAAAAGGUGAAUGUACGCCUAUUUCUCAUGGAUAAAGCAAUAGGAAAAGGAGGCGAAAGCCGGAGGUGCCGCUCCAAAGGAAAAUGGGAAGAGCUCUGCCGUGAAUAAAAAGGGAAAAGUAGUGCAGUGUGUCUGGGAGUGACGUAUAGAUCAUGGUUGAGUGUAAGUUUGGUUCCAAGUGCACAAAGGGGGCAAAAUGCCGCUUUUUGCACAGCAAAGUAGGUGGAAUGUGCAUCUGGAGUGAUGAGCUAGAAGACGGAGAAGAAGGAGAUGACCAAGCAGGAAGCCAAGCAAGAACAGAAGAAAAUGAAACUGGAGAAGAAGAUGAGAAAACCCGACGGAGAGCUGGUUUUUAAAGCGAAGGAGAUUUGGAACCGCUUGCGUCUAACGGACAUCCCCAAGGAGGAAAGAGAAGUAUUGGUUCUGAAGCUCAUGAAGCUGCUCUCUGGAAAGAUCGUGGACAUUUGCCUGAAGCACGAUGGAAGCCGUAUCAUCCAGUCAUUGUACAAGUACGGAACUCCCGAGCAGCGCAGCUCCAUCACAAAAGUACUUAUUUGUAUCCUCUUUGAUGAUUAG